CAAAUCAAAAAACAAGCCUUAUGUGUUUUCUGCCUCAGAGGGUCUAGUUUCAUAUAAUAUAAAACAAUCAAUCAGAUGUUGUCAAUACAUAGAGCCAAUCACAAUACAGCUAGUAUUCACCAGUUGUGACUGGUUUGCAAAAUGUUCAAAACAGGGAAAACUUUAUAUACAAAUAAACGUACACUGUAAUGAAAAAAAAAAUCUGAAAUUGUUUAUUCAUAAACUCAGUAUUUGUGCAAUAAAUCGAAUACAUUUUUUGGACACAACUGUUGUUAAUCUAGGACUCUCAGUAUUCCUUAGCAGAAGGAGCAGUCCGCCAACAGUGAAGGCCUGCAAAUUUGGUAUCUCUAACAUAGAUACUGAAACUAAACAGUCUGACACUAUACCUUGUGCUUCUAUCUAAACCCUCACCCCCAAACAGCCCGAGAUGUGUGACAAACUCCUUGUCCAAACUGAAUUAGCCAAGGACUGCAUGCAAUAUGUCAUAAAGCACAUGAACUGACUGUACCCCGGCCUCCGAUACAGCUGAGCGAAGGUUAACGUCACUAUUAGGCGUCGUCGGUGAUCCAGCUCACUACCCUACUGAGCCAGAGUAAUGACAUAAGUGCGUUAGCGCUUCAGCGUACGACUGUUCCGCGUCACAUGACACAAGGAGAACCACGCCCACUCCCCUGUAUGCCCCUAGCCAGGAUGUCGCCAGCCGCCUCCUCCCAACCUGGCCGUUGAAAUGCCUACUCUCGCGAGAUGAUGCCGGAGCGGACGGCGGCGACGAGAUUUGGUUGGACGAGUUGAUAUUUGUGUUGAACGAGGAAGGAAAAAGGGGGGUGUAAAAAAAGAAGAUAUCUGGGGCUGGGGGGAAUUAAUUCUUAGCAAGGUGCGGGUGGGGGGGACAAGCCGAUAAACUGAGGGGGGAAACUGAGCUGGGGAUGAACAUGGCAUCGGGCGACACGCUCUACAUCGCCUCAGAUGGCUCCGAGAUGCCUGCGGAGAUCGUGGAGCUGCAUGAGAUUGAGGUGGAAUGUAUCCCCGUGGAAACUAUAGAGACCACCGUGGUCGGGGACGACGAGGACGACGAUGACGACCAGGGGCACCACCAGCAGCCUAUGAUUGCUCUGCAGCCCUUGGACUCAGACGACUUGGUCCAUCCCCACCACCAAGAGGUGAUCCUGGUUCAGACCCGGGAAGAAGUGGUCGGAGGAGAUGACUCUGAUCUCAGGGCAGACGAUGGCUACGAGGACCAGAUCCUUAUCCCGGUGCCUGUACCGGCCGGAGAGGAUGAGUACAUUGAGCAGACCUUGGUGACAGUGGCCGGCAAGAGCUCUUCUGGCGGGCGCAUGAAGAAAGGGGGAGGUGGGAGCGGCAAGAAGAGCAGCAAGAAAAGCUACCUGAGUGGGACGGAGCCGAGCGGGAGGAAAUGGGAGCAGAAACAAGUGCAGAUCAAGACCCUGGAGGGGGAGUUCUCAGUCACUAUGUGGGCUUCAGAUGAUAAGAAAGACAUUGACCAUGAAACAGUAGUGGAAGAACAGAUUAUUGGAGAGAAUUCUCCACCUGAUUAUUCCGAAUACAUGACUGGAAAGAAGUUGCCACCAGGAGGAAUACCAGGCAUUGAUUUGUCAGAUCCAAAGCAGCUGGCAGAGUUUGCAAGAAUGAAGCCUAGAAAAAUAAAAGAAGAUGAUGCUCCAAGAACCAUUGCCUGUCCUCACAAGGGAUGUACAAAGAUGUUCAGGGAUAACUCUGCAAUGAGGAAACAUUUACACACACAUGGUCCACGAGUACAUGUCUGUGCAGAAUGCGGCAAAGCCUUUGUCGAAAGCUCCAAACUUAAGAGACAUCAGUUGGUCCACACUGGCGAGAAGCCGUUUCAGUGCACGUUUGAAGGCUGUGGCAAGCGAUUCUCAUUGGACUUCAAUUUGCGUACUCAUGUGCGGAUUCACACCGGUGAUAGGCCCUACGUGUGCCCUUUCGAUGGCUGUAAUAAAAAAUUUGCUCAGUCAACCAAUCUGAAAUCCCACAUUUUAACACAUGCUAAAGCCAAAAAUAACCAGUAAAACUACAGAUGGAAAGACAUGUUAUCCUUCGUAGCACCCUUGCUGGUUUAUGCUAAACAAUACGCCUCCUUUGUAUAUGGUUUCCAGGAAUAAAUGAAUUUUAAAAGAAUCCUGCUCCGCCGAGAGACCGUUUUGAUAAUGUACUGUAGAAAACUUGUUAAAAGGAAGCCUCUUUAUGAUUCAGUGCUUAAGAUGAUCUGUUAUCCUGUUUUCAUGAGUGUUUUUGUAAAGUGCCCCUGCCUCUUCACAACCCCCUUUUCCAAGCAGGAGAACAAUGUCGCCGAGGUGCAUUGAAUUUCUACCACCAUAUUAAAUUUGGACUUUCCACACUUCGAAAUGGACACACACCAGUUGUUCAAAUUUUUUUUUAAUUUUUUUUUAUUUGUAAUUUCAAGUGUGCAUAUUGUACACUUAUUGGGGAUAUGCUUACUUCUGCUACGUGAUUUCUUCUGAAGGUUGAUAACUUUGCUUGCAGUAGAUUUUCUUUAAAAGAAUGGGCAGUUACUGUACUACAUGCAUACUUCAAAAGUAUUUUCCUGUAAAAAAGAAAAAAAAACAAAACAAGAAAAAACUUUAUAGGUUCUGUUUGCUCUCUUUAUUUUGGUUGUAUUUUUAGAUGUUAACACAUUUUGUAUAAUUGUAUGGUAUAUAGCCGUAUUGGAAUCAUGUAGCGCCAUUAGAUGUGAUUUAAGCUAGUGUUCAUUAAAUCCAUUUUAGUCACUUAUGUUGGGGAAGGAGGACUGGCAGACACAGAUGUAUAUUGUAUUUUUAUUUGCCUGUUCAGUUACAGAACUUGGUGCUCGGUGUAGAAUGUAUUUGUAUACACACUGACCUUUUUAUUCGCCUGACUUUCUGCAUCACGUGUAAUGGGGCAAUAAAAGCCGGGUCUACAGUAAGAGGAUCAAUAAUCUGUGUCGGCACGGAGGGACUCGAACGCAGAUUUAACCCCCUCUUUGUGGCUUUUUUCCCUUAGCCAAUCAAUUGAUUUAUUUAAUAUCAUUAUGGUUGUAUCGAAGUACUGUUUCUGGUUACAUCUGAGGGUUUUUAUUCUGCCUUGUUUGUUCUUGAUGGGAACAGUAGUUAUGCAGUUAGGCCCUAUAUUUUUAAUUCAGUUGUCAAAUCUAUUUUGUACUAAGCAAACAUAAUAUAUAAAGCAAAAUAUUUAAAAUUACAUUGUGAUCAGCAUACUGACAAUGCUCCUAAUUUAUUCCCUUAAAGUGUAAGUUAAAAAAAAUAAAAUGCCAGCACAGAGCAGCACCCUGCCAUAUUUGGCUGGAAAAUGAUCUGGUGUUUGUGCAUGGCAGCUACUAUAUGCUGAUGAGAGAAGAUACUCAGCACUAUCCCAGCAUGGUUUAGGAAGAAACCACACCGUUUCUGAUGCCUAAGGCUGGUCCUCUUCCUUCCUGCUCUCUUGCUAUAUUUUCUACAUUUUGAAAAACCUUUAUCCAGCAUGGAAAAUGUCUGGAUAUAUACAGUAUACAUACAGUACAUAUAGCUAGUUAUUGAAUGAUGUUGGUCAAGAAAGUUUCCUACCUGUGUUCCAAAACACUGGGCGUAAUUUUUGUAUUUUAAUACUGUAAAUACAUUUAUUUCCCAAAAAUAA